UUUUGUUCUACAACAUUCAAGCAUUAUCCGAGGUUUUCUUCGUUUCUAUCGAUUAAGAAAGACGAUGUCACACGGGGAAUUAUCCUUCACUCUGCCUCUCCUUGAGGAUGACAACAAUAAACAAGUAAACGAAUUAAAUCCUCACAGCAGUCCAACCCCCGUCUCUGUUUUCAGGACCUGUUUCAAUGGCCUCAACGCUCUUUCGGGGGUAGGGAUAUUAUCAAUCCCAUAUGCAUUGGCAUCAGGGGGAUGGUUGAGCUUGAUAUUUCUGUUCGCCAUUGCCACUGCUGCAUUUUACUCGGGCUUGUUGAUUCAGAGAUGUAUGGAUACAGAUCCGAGAAUCAGAACUUAUCCCGAUAUAGGCGAGCGCGCAUUCGGGGAUAAAGGGCGAUUAUUAGCUUCGGUUGUUAUGAACAUCGAGCUCUACUUGGUGGCCACUGGUUUUUUGAUUCUCGAAGGAGAUAACUUGCAUAAUCUGUUACCCAUUGGGGAGUUUGAAGUCGGGGGAUUAACGAUUGGUGCUAAACAAGGGUUUAUUAUACUCGUAGCUCUCAUAAUUUUGCCUACUGUUUGGUUGGAUAAUUUGAGCCUUCUUUCUUAUGUGUCAGCCAGUGGGGUUUUGGCUUCUGCAGUCAUCUUGGUUUCCAUCAUCUGGACCGGUGCAUUUGAUGGUGUUGGGUUUAAACAAAAGGGGAAGCUCAUAAACUAUGGUGGGAUCCCCACUGCCGUUAGUUUAUAUGCCUUUUGUUAUUGCUCUCAUCCAGUUUUCCCUACGCUUUACACUUCAAUGAGGAAGAGGCAUCAAUUCUCCAAUGUGUUGGUUGUAUGUUUUGUGUUGUGUACCAUAUGUUACUCGUCGAUGGCGAUUUCCGGGUACUUAAUGUUCGGAUCAGAUGUUCAAUCACAGAUAACUCUCAACCUCCCUACUGAUAAACUCAGCUCAAGAAUUGCAAUAUAUACUACUCUUGUCAACCCCAUAUCCAAAUAUGCAUUGAUGGUUACGCCCAUCGUGAAUGCCGUUAAGAGCGUGAUUCGAUAUCGAUGCGGGAAGCGAGUGCUACACCUCUUUGUUGGCACCACUCUGGUGAUCAGCACUGUCGUGGUGGCUCUUGCUGUUCCGUUUUUCGGUUCCCUGAUGUCUUUAGUUGGAGCGUUUUUAAGUAUCACGGCUUCGGUUUUACUACCGUGCGUCUACUACUUGAAGAUAUCGGGAACUCACCGGAGAUUCAGCGCGGAACUGGCUGCCGUAAGCCUAAUCAUUUUGAUGAGUGUUGCAGUGGUCAUAUUUGGCACUUACUCAUCUGUUUUGGAAAUAGUAAGCAACUUCUGAUUACCGGUGGUUUUCUGUAUAUGCUUAUUAACAUAAUGCAUUGUAGAGUAGUAAUUUAGGAGAAAUCCAGAUGAUUGUGAAAGCUGUUGAGUGUUUCAAUGUUCCUUUAGUAGAUGCUCACUUCAGUAGGAUCUUUAGCAUAAUGCAGGGAAUGGGGACUUAAUUUUCUGUUUU